GAAUACGGGGAAAGCUGGGGAGGGGCUUUUCAGCUCAUCUAACCUGACUGAUGCUGUGACUACAGGAAGCGACCGACACACUCCAUCACACUCAGGACACACCCUUUCCUACCACACAGUGUGGUACAGUGCAGUGCAGUGGACAGGAGGUGGUUGAGAAACGGUGAGAGUUUGUAUAACAGGCAGCAACUGCCUGAACAGAGGGAGGGAUGGGAAUGCUGAGUCAGUGAAAAUGCAUGAAAGCCUGGGAGAGGGUGGAAGAGGGUAAACGGCAGGGGGAGAGGGAAGAGAAAGGUAACAGCGAGGGGUAGACUGGGUAAGAUGUACAGUGUGAUUCCUUGUCGUUCAUUCAUCUAUAAUUUGUGAAUAUUGAGCUGGCAGUUCACCCUGAUUUACGUCAAACUUCUCCUUAAGAGGCUUAGAUCUCAGUGCUGAUUUACAGUACAGUGCCUUUAAGCUGGAAUUGUCCCUUUACAGUGUUCAAUAAGUCAGGAAAGUCUCUCAGCUCUCAGUCAGAUGGAGGUAGACCAGGUGGUGCCUUUGCCAAGGUUGCCCCGGGUCGCCGUGUGUGGAGGUACCCAUGGAAACGAGCUGUCCGGCGUGUAUUUGGUGCGAGAGCUGCUGAAACUGCAGAGAGAAGUUAUGAAGAAAAAGCAAGAGGAGGACUCGAAGCCUGCGUUGGUGCUGCUGGUGCUGUCAAACCCGCGGGCAAUGCAGCAGUGUCGCCGAUACGUAGACACUGAUCUGAACCGCUGCUUUACCCACGCCACCCUCAAUGGUCCCCUCUCAGACAUGGCCCCCUAUGAGAUCAUCAGGGCCCGAGAGCUGAACGCCCUGCUAGGACCCAAGGGCAGUCCGGAGGCAGUGGAUCUGGUCUGCGACCUCCACAACACCACUGCCAACAUGGGCCUGUGCUUCAUCGGAUACUCUGACUGUGACUGGAUCUGCCUGCACAUAUUUAGACACCUGCAGAGGGAGAUGCCAGAUACACCAAUGAGAUUCCUACAUUUUGAUGUGUCCAACAAAGAGUCCUAUUCCCUUGAUUCAGUGGGAAAACAUGGCUUUGCCAUGGAGAUCGGCCCUCAGCCCCACGGCGUGGUGAGGUCAAACAUCUAUACAGCAAUGAAAGUGGGUGUCCAGCACAUGCUCGACUGGGUCCGCCUCUUUAACUCAGGUAACGUGUUUGAGGGAGGAUUUGUGGACGUGUUCACCAUGGUUAAACACAUCGACUACCCGAGAGACAGCGAGACCCGCAAUAUCACAGCAGCCAUUCAUCCUUGUCUCCAGGACCGAGACUUCUGCCUGCUCCACCCUGAAGACCCGCUGUUCCAGACGUUCUCAGGAGAAACAGUGAGGUAUAAAGGCACUGAACCUCUCUAUCCUUUCUUCAUCAACGAAUGCGCUUACUACGAGAAGGGCAUCGCUCUCUCCCUGGCGAGAAAGAGGCGCGUAACGAUUCCUGCAAUCCGGGUGCAGACGGAGCAGGAGCAACAAGCUAAUGAGCAGGGAUUUGCAUCAGAAGAAGAGGAGUGAAGAUGUUCACAACACGAGAGUGAUGACUGAAUUAAAUUUUUACAAAAGCUUUCAUUGAAAUGACGGCAUGCGUUAUCUUUCACAGACAUGCCACUGUAUGCCACUGUGCAUUCAGGGAUUAAGUUUCUAGUAACAAUUGAAUGUGUAAAAACAGAUGGCAUGAAU